GUCAGGUAGGGAAGGGGGAGGAGAAGACGACGAGGAGGAGGUUCACAGACUCUCCCGUGGAGAGUUCACAGCUGCUUGUUGUCAUGGAGGAGCGAUGAUGGCGGUCCUGGGCCUGGGCAAGCGUGAAAUAAACCAACAUUUCACCAUUAGGAACGCCAAGUUGAUAUCGCUCGUGCUCGUUGUUUUACUCGUCAUAUUCCACACGGCCUCGCGCUAUUUUGGAGGCCGAGAUUCAUGCGAAUGGCUGCUGUCCAGCGGACGUUACUUGGGGGAGAAUGUUUGGCAGCCUUACGGCUGCAUGAUGCACAAGUACAAAAGCAUUGAAGCCAAAAGCUGCCUUUCGAAAAAGCGAGUGGCCUUUCUUGGAGAUUCCCGAAUCCGACAGCUGUUUUACUCCUUCAUCAAAAUUAUUGAGCCUGGCCGAAGAGAAGAUGGGAAGAAGCACGCGGACAUCGCCUUCCAAGAAAAGAGCUCCUCUCUUUAUGUGGACUUCCUAUGGCAUCCAGAGGCGAACAACUCGAUGACGGAGCGUUUGGUCUCAUGGACACGCGAAGGCUCAGCGAGGCCCGAUGUCGUCAUCCUCGGUGCCGCAACGUGGUCCAUCAAACUGCACGGUGGCAGCAGUGAGACUUUGAAGCAGUACCAAGUCAACGUGAGCGCCAUGGCCGUGUACCUGGAGAGGCUGGCCCAGCACGGAGAGGUCUACUGGGUCCUACAAGAACCAGUCAACGAGGAGCUGCUGAGAAAGGACCGGAAGGUGAUCACCAAUCACCAGUUGGAGCUCUACAACAAAGCGGCGGUGGACGCGCUUGAUGCCGCUAAGCGGAACAACAGGUCGUCGGUGAAGCGACUGGCCGCCUCACGCAAGGCGGCGCUGGAGACCAUCGGCCAAUCGGACGACGGGCUGCACAUACCCGAAGGUGCCAGAGAUAUUGGGGCCAUGGUGCUGAUGAACGCCUUGUGCAACAAGCUCCACAGACCCAUCGACGGCUCCUGCUGCCAGACGGUGCCGUCGCCCAACCUCCUGCAGAAACUGGCCGUGUGCUUCUUUGUGGCCUCGGCCCUCGUCCUCCUGGGCUUUUACGUCCUCGGCAACAACCGCCACCACCACCGGCCCGUGCCGCCGGACGUCGAGAGUCUGGAAGAAAAGAAGCCGGCGAGCGCCGCGGCCCCGCUGGGAGCCGCGGCGCUUUUCCAGGCCGUGUGCAAAAUGGGCAUCAUCAUGGCCUACUUUUAUCUUUGCGAUCGGGCCGACUUGUUCAUGAAGGAGCACAAGUUCUACACCCACUUGACCUUCUUCAUCCCCCUCAUCUACAUAUUUGUACUGGGGGUGUUCUACAGUGACAACAGCAAAGAGACCCGAUUACUGAAUCGAGAGCAAACCGAUGAGUGGAAGGGCUGGAUGCAGCUGGUCAUCCUGAUCUAUCACAUAUCUGGAGCCAGUGCGUUCAUUCCCGUGUACAUGCACGUGCGGGUGCUGGUGGCCGCGUACCUUUUCCAGACUGGCUAUGGGCACUUUUCUUUUUUUUGGCUCAAAGGAGAUUUUGGACUGUAUAGAGUGUGUCAGGUGCUUUUUCGUCUGAACUUCCUGGUGUUAGUCUUGUGUGUGGUGAUGGACAGGCCCUACCAGUUCUAUUACUUUGUCCCACUAGUCACCUUUUGGUUCGGCGUCAUCUAUGGCAUGAUGGUCAUGUGGCCUCAAAUCCUGCAGAAGAGGGCCAACGCCAGCGGCAUGUGGCAUCUCGGCGUCCUUGUCAAGCUUCUGGUCCUUCUGUUGUUCAUCUGCGCCUUGGCGUACUCACAGGAUUUCUUUCACGCCGUCUUCUCCUUUUGGCCCUUCUCCAAGCUCUUUGAAGUGAACGGAAGCGUCUACGAGUGGGGCUUCAGAUGGAAGCUGGACCGAUUUGCGGUGAUCCACGGCAUGCUGUUCGCCUUCGUCUACCUGGUGCUGCAGAAGCGGCAGGUGCUGUGCGAAGGCAAAGGAGAAGCUCUCUUCUCUGCCUGGAUCUCCAGCCCGCUCUUCUUCCUCGCCAUCGUCACCUUCGUCACAUAUUCCGUGUGGGCCAGCGGCUGCAAAAACAAAUCGGAGUGUAACGAGAUGCAUCCUUACAUCUCUGUCGUGCAGAUCUUGGCCUUCAUCUUAAUCCGGAACAUUCCCGGCUACGCCCGCUCCAUCUAUAGCUCCUUCUUCGCCUGGUUUGGAAAGAUCUCCUUGGAGCUGUUCAUCUGCCAGUAUCACAUCUGGCUGGCGGCGGACACCAAGGGCAUCUUGAUCCUGAUCCCCGGCAGCCCAUCGCUCAACAUCCUGGUCAGCACGUUCAUCUUCGUGUGCGUCGCCCACGAGAUUUCAGUCAUCACGAACGACCUGGCCCAGGUGGUCAUCCCCAAGGACACGGCGGCACUCCUUAAGAGGCUGGGGGGUUUCCUGGUCCUGGCAACGCUCACCCUUUUCAUUGCCCGAGACCGUUAAAGCAUGCCCGGGACCUGAGACUGGCGAGACGUGUCGUUCACCGAACACUUUUUUUUUUUUACUGCUGAGAUAGUCGCACACUGAAGAACGAUGCCCCUCUACGCUCACUCCCCCCCCCCAAUUUUUUUUCCCCCCUCCUCUCACAGUAAGUAAAAGGUAAACUUGACAUUGCAAAAAGGGAGGGGCGGUACAUUUAUUAAGAACAACAACAACGAAAGGUCCAUUUGCUUCAGAACUUCUCAUUCAGAACCGAAGCGGCCUCUCAACUCGCCGUCCACAUUGACUGAACUCGAAAAAGAAAGAAAAAAAAACAAACGCGAGCCUUCUGCUUCCUAUUUUCAUCAUUGUGUUGUACAGGACUGGAAUUGAACGAUGGACCAACAAGUCGCUCUUUUGAUCAAAACUCAGUCUACCCCCCCCCCCCUUUUUUGUUUUUCGUGAGUAGUCCUGUGCUAAAAAGGUACUGUACUGUGUCACCUGCUGUAGCGAUGAAAUAUGUUAUAUGUACAGUAUUUAAUUAUUUAAAAUGAAGUGUAUAUUUUAUACUCGGUACUUUUUGCGCACCCGCGAAGUGAAGAAAGUGAGUCGAUCCGAUCGAUGACACGUUUUUGACUUUUUGGUUUGUUUAUAAUCUGCCUCUUCGAGCUGUGGUGAAGAAACAUGCACUGGUUGGCCAGCACGACAACGAACAUCCUGCUACAAAUGAACUCCCAUUCGACAUGCAGCUUUUUUCCCCACGACUCCA